AUGGCCGCGGCGGAUCCGCCAGCUGGUCUGAUGGACAUCGCCAGCACUCUACCUCGGGAUGAGAUUCCCAUGAAGCUGCGGUGUUCCAUCUGCAACACGCUGGCGGUGAAUGCGUUUCGCCUCCCAUGUUGCGACCAGUCAAUCUGCGAACCUUGCCAAACCUCUCUCUCCGAUACUUGUCCCGUCUGCGCACAUACACCAGUUUCGCCAGAUGUGUGCAAGCCUAAUAAAGCUCUGCGCACAACCUUGAAAGCAUACCUUCGCACCGAGGAAAAGAAACGUGAGAAGGAACGCCAGGCCAACGCGACCUCGACACCAACUAUUCCCACCCCGGCGGAGAGCGAGCAAGCGCCCAAAGAUAACACGAGUGGCCAGACUUUGACAGAAUCUGCGCCGGCGGAGGCACUCGCGGCGCCAGUGACACAAGAACCUACGUCUGAACAUCCCGCAGCAGAGAGCGGCCUUUUGCAAAAAGCGGAAAAUACACUGGAAGCCAAUGGCCAAGACACACAACAGCCAAUAGCUGAAUCUGUUGAAGCAGUUGGUGACUAUGUCCCAGAGCCGGCAACUUCCGCGGAUACAAAUGCACAUCCCAUCGAUGGAGACGGCGCAGCCCCCGAUACAUCCACUGAGCCCGCCGCCCAGGAAACCCCUCAACAGGGUGAACCGAACGGCAUGAGCAUGAAUGCAGGAGGAUUUUCUAAUAUGGGCUGGAAUGGAAAUGGCAUGUUCAACGGGAUGAACCCAUUCAUGGGCAAUUCGAUGUUCAAUUUUCAGAACCCUACAGGUAUGCCCAUGGGAAUGGACCCGAUGGCCGCAAGUCAGGGGAUGUUCGGAGAUUAUGGGAUGAACAUGACUGGUAUGGGCAUGAACAUGGGAAUGAAUUACGACGGGCAGGGCAUGUAUGGUUCCGUAGGAUGGGACGGUUCCCAGCAGAACAUGUGGCAAGGCGGCCAAGAUAAAUUCAAUCCAAAUGCUUUCGCAAAUCCCUCGGGCCCUCCGUAUGGAGGAGCAUUUGGCGGAUCUAAUAUGUCUUACCCCUCUAACGCGGAUUACCAGCCCAAUUACUACGGUACAGGAUUUGGACGUGGCGGGUUUCGGGGUCGGGGCCGUGGUCAGUUCCAUAGCGGACCCGGCCGAGGAGGGUUUGGAGGUAACGGCCAAGGCAAUUUCGCCAACGCUGCUAGUCAUGGCCUUCCUAAUCGCCCAUUCUCUAACGGUUCUAUGGAUGGUACCAAUGGGGAUCUCCCUGAUGGCGCUCCCCCUUCCCAGGCGAAUGAAAACACAAACGUUGAGCAGGUUGCAGAUGGCGAUGAAACACUUUUGAAUGAUAAACCAGAAGCCAUGUCCACCGAUAAAAAUACUGAACAAUUGCAGGGAAUUCCUACUAUUGACAGUUUAGAUGAGUCCACGUCAAUGGGGCCAGCUGGCUAUCCAGGCUCUAUGGGCCCUGGGUAUGGAGGUGGUGGCUAUAUGCGGGGACCCAUGUCUAAUGGCCGCGGGGGCGGCUUUUGGGGUGGCCCAAUGGCCCAACCUCACAUGGAACCAAGAAAUCCUGGCGUAGAAGGAGCGCCAGCAGCACCACGUGCAAUGAGACAGGGACUGCCUAAUACUAGCGUUCUACGGCAACGAGGCUUCCAUCAGGGACGGCCCUCGAUAGGAAGCAACACCCCGGGCCCUGAACAAAGCAGUAAUACCGAUGCGCCAGAGGAUCUAACCCAAAGCCGGUCUCAGUCUAAAGCCCCAUCUCAACCCCCGCAGGCUGAACCUCGAUCCCGUUCCCGUUCCCCUGCACAAAAUCAGGUCUCUCGAGCUCACUCACCUAGUGCACAUGUACCAGAAGAGGAUCGACAAAGUCGUCGCGACCGCGAUGUGAAGCGUCUCACAGAAGGCCGCUCUCGCUCACCAUCAGGAGCUUCCUCGCGACGUUCUUCACGACACCGCCAUCGUGACAGCGAUCGAGAACGGGAACGUCGAAGUGGUCAUCGAUCCCAUCGAUCGCGCCGCCACCAGAGCCGGAGCCGUAGCCGCAGCAUAACCCGGAAUGGCGACAGCCGCCAAGCUGACCGCCUUGCUUCCAUAGCGGAGGACAGGUCGAAUGGGCCUUCAAAAACAUCAGCAAAGAUCAACCCUCGUGAUCUCGCGAGCCGUAUUGGAAACGCUCAUCGAACUAGCAAAGAUCGACCCAGUCGCCGGGAAGAAGAUCGUGAUCGGGACCGAGACCGAGACCGCACUCGAGAUAGUCGCCAUCGUGAACGUGCUAAAGACCGUGACCGUGAACGUGACCGCCGCGAUCGAGAUCGAGACUCUGAGCGAGAUAAUCGGCGAGACCGUGAGCACGAGCGUGAACAGGGUAGAGAUCGUGGUAAGGACCGUAAAAGAUCCCGUCGUGAUCGAUCAGAGUCCGCCAACAACAGUGAUCACUCCUCUCAUCCCCGGGCCCGACGCGUCAAGCGUGGCACCGAUGAUCGCACCAAAGAACGCGAGACUCCCACUGCCGCGCCCGAACCCGAAAAAGAUCCUCAUACACUAGAGCGCGAGGCACGAAACCGUGAACGCCUCCUUCGUGAGGAACAGCGUCGUGAACAAGCCAAAUCUGGCCACCGACGCGAGAGUCGGAAAGAACGUGUGGUGGCUGGCCGCCGCAUCAAUUACAAAUACGAAGAUGAGCUUUAA